CCCUAACGAAAUAAACACUCUUCCCUCUCUUUCUCUCGUAAGCGAAAAACAAAAUCCGAGAAUUAGGGUUUCUUCUUUCUUUCUUGACAUUCGAUUUCGUUUUUUUUAUGUUUCCAAUUUCGAAAACUAGGUUUUUCUAGCAAUGGCGACAGCAACAAGUCUGGGUCGUGAUCCUCCGCUGUUCUCCUCAAAAUCUGAUCAUGCGGCAGCGAUAAAGAUUAGGUUUGCGGAUAUCAUUGUCAAAUCGAGUAGUAACAAGUCUGAAGCCAUGAUGAAUAUAAGAAGGGAGAAGCAACUUCUAAAGAAGAAGCAGCUUCAAGAAAACGCAAGAAUCGAAGCAAGAAUGAGAAUGAGACAAGAGGCAAGGCUUGCGGUGCUGAAAGUGGAAGAAGAAGAAGCAAGUUCAGAGUGUAAAUACUUCCAUCCUUUGUCUGCCGAAAAAGAACUGUUAAUUAUCAUUGGCAACUCUCGUAAAGCAAGAGAUCGAUCUUUGCUUAAACAGUUUGGGUUGGUUUUGAAAACUGAUAUUGAUGAUGAUCGUCUUGAUGAUCUUGAGGAAGGAUGGAUUGACCAGGCUUUUGAGCUUGGAAGUGACCAAGCUUCAUUCUCUUCACAGCAAACAAACGCACAGAGAAACAAGUCUCUGUUUCCAACAACAGUAACAAGGCAUUACGCUUCUUGUUUUCUUAUUGUUCAUUGAUCAUGUAAAGUAGAAGAUUCAAGGCUAGGCUUUCCAUCAACCUACAAAGAUCAGAGGAGGAAGCAUGCUCUGCUGCUGUGUUAACUCGGGGAGUAACAAGAAGUAUGCUGAGCUGGACGCGAAGCUGGAACGGAAAAUGGUGGAGAGCAGGAGAUAUUAUCCGGGACACCAAAGUUUAAAGUCCAUGGACUCAAUCAUCAUGAAGUUUCCUCAGCUAAGAGAAGGAUUAAGAAACAUCAGAAACGUUUUCGAAUCCUAUGAUAAGGAUGGAAACGGGACAAUAGAUAUGGAGGAGCUGAAGAAGUGCUUAGAGGAACUAAAGCUGAUGAGUUUGUCGGAGGAAGAAGUGAAAGGUUUAUAUGGAUGGUGUGACGUUGAUGGAAGCAAAGGAAUACAGUUCAAUGAGUUUAUUGUCCUUCUUUGUCUCAUAUAUCUUCUUGCAAAACCUUCCACUGGAGCCACAGAGGAGGAAUCGACAGAGAUGGGUCCGAAUUUGGUUGAAUCAAUAUUUGAUCCGAUAGUGGAAGUGUUCUUGUUUUUGGACAAAGAUGCUAAAGGGAAGUUGAACAAGGCUGAUGUGAUAAAGACAUUGAAUAAUGAAGACUAUCCGCUAGAGAGAUCUCCUAAACAUGUCACUAACAUGAGAUUCGAAGAAAUGGAUUGGGGACGAAAAGGGAAAGUGGGUUUUAGGGAGUUUCUAUUUGCUUUCAUGAGUUGGGUGGGUCUUGAUGACGCAGAGGGCUAUAUGAGCAGCUAAAUAACACCACUUCAAACCCAAGAGUUUCAAACAUAUUUUCCGUUAGCCAUAUUUUUAUUGUUGCUAAAAAACCAUAUUUUUAUUAUGUACUAAUGCUAUGAUUGAGAUGAUUAAGUAGUUUUGUGUAACUCAUUAUUCUCUAUAUAAU